AUGCAAGCUCCUCCAUACGGCAUGCAGCCUCAGCAGCCACCUCCAGUCGCCGCGCCCAAGCGUUACGACGGCAAGAAUGGAACACCCAUGUACGAUCAAAAUCACGGAGGACACUAUGGAGCAAGCGCAGGCAUUGCUGCCAGUGGACACGCGCCGCCGCCAGAGACGUUCACUGGCCACUGGCAAAAUGUGUCGCAAGGAUUGAAUGGACAGUACAGGGACAUUCUCAACACAUACUGGCAAAACCAAGUGACGAAGCUGGAAACCGAAGAACACGACUAUAAGCUACAUCAACUACCCUUGGCCCGGAUAAAGAAGGUCAUGAAGGCGGAUCCUGAAGUCAAGAUGAUCAGCGCGGAAGCCCCGAUUCUGUUCGCCAAGGGUUGCGACAUUUUCAUCACCGAACUUACCAUGCGUGCUUGGAUCCACGCGGAGGAGAACAAGAGACGGACUCUGCAGCGGAGCGACAUCGCAUCUGCCCUCGCUAAGAGCGACAUGUUUGAUUUCCUGAUUGACAUUGUUCCCCGCGAGGAUGCCACUCCCCAGCACAAACGGCGACCAGAGUUUGCGGCGCAGGGCACAUAUGCUCUUCCAGAGACUGCACAAAGCGGCCAUGGGGGCGCUGGGAUGCCCCCAGAGCAGGCGCAGAUGGGCGGUCCCCAAGACUUUGGUGGCGCGGAUCAACAGCACAUGCCACAGCAGCAAUAUCAGCAGCAGAUGGGUUCAUAUCCUCCGCCUCAACCCCCUCAGCAGUAUGGAGGCCAGAAUAUGUUUGAUCCCAACAUCUAUGGAUCCCAGCCUCCUGGAUAUUCAAUGGGUCAGAUGCAGGGAAUGUCACAACAGGCGAUGUACCAACCGUCCCAGCCUCCCCAGCAUGCACAGAUGACGCAGCCAUACCGUUCAGAACAGCAGAGCGGUGUUGACGAUCAAGAUGCCGACAACGAGCAGGACUUUGGAGCCAACGGUUAG